AUGAUAAAAGGAAGUGGAACAGUUAGUUUUAAUAAACCAUUAGCAUUAGUUUGUUAUAUUUGUGGAAGAGAGUAUGGUACUAAAUCUCUAGGUAUUCAUUUGAAGACUUGCAGAUAGAAGUGGGAAGUCGAAGAAAGUAAAAAACCUAGAGCUUAAAGAAGACCUCUUCCACUACCUCCUGCUGGACUUGAGGAAUUGUUAGCAAAACCUAAUAUCAGUUCUGCAGAUAUUCAAGACUUCAACACAGGAGCAUUUAAUAAAUACAAUACUGAAGCUCUUAUUAAAUGUCCUAACUGUAAUAGAACAUUUAAACCAGAAGCUUUGGUUCACCAUCAAAAAGCAUGUAGUAAAGACAAUCCUUUCAAACCUUUGGGUUAACCUAAUUCUUUAGGAUCACAAAAUGAAUUUUCUGAGAAUGAUGCAGCUAGCUUAAAGUCAUGCAUUUUUUGUAAUAGAAAAUUCGCUGCAGAUAGAAUAUCAAAGCAUGAAAGUGUUUGUACUAAAAUGGAUAAGUCAAAAUUAAAAACACCUACUAAAAGUUUAGGUGAAAUCAAGGCUGGUACUGGAGGAACAAUCAGAUCUGGCGAAGGCUCAGGAAAUUCUUUUGGAUCACCAAUGAAAUAGCCAUUAAGACCAAAGUCUUUAGUUUGCUACAUAUGUGGUAGAGAAUAUGGUACUAAGAGUUUAAAGAUCCACUUAAAGACAUGUGAGGAAAAAUGGCAUAUUGAGUAAAGUAAACUACCCAAGAAAGAUCGUAGACCUAUUCCAUAACCACCUCCAGGUUUAUUUGAGCUUCUUGACAAAGAUGAAAUAACAUUCGAAGAUUUAGAAAGAUACAAUAAUAGAGCUUUUGACUCCUAUAAUUAUUCAGCAUUAAUGCCAUGCAAUCACUGCGGAAGAACUUUUAAGCCUGAAGCUUUAGCUCAUCAUGCAAAAGUAUGUACAGCAGAAAAUCCUUUUAAGCCCCUUAAUAGAGGUUAAGGUGGUAAUGAUGCUUAAGGAGGAGAAUAUGAUGAAACAAAUGCAGCUAAUUUAAUACCUUGUGCAAAAUGUGCUAGAAAAUUUGCAGCUGAUAGAAUAGCAAAGCAUGAGCUUGUUUGUAAAGGUACUGGAGGUACAGGAGUAUCUAUGGCACCAGGUGCAAAAGGUGCUUAAACAGCUCCAAUUACUAAGAAGUAGCCUGCAUAAAGCUAUGAACCUAAAAUCCCACAAAGACCAAAAACCUUAGUUUGCUAUAUUUGUGGCAGAGAAUAUGGUACAACAAGUCUAGCAAUACAUUUAAAGAGUUGUGAGCAAAAAUGGUAUAUUGAAUAAGAAAAACUUCCUAAAAAAGAUAGAAGACCACUUCCUAAACCUCCUGCUUAAUUGGAAGCUUUACUAAAAGGAGAAAUCUCCAUGGAUUAAAUGGAAUCAUAUAAUACUAAAGCUUUUGACUCAUAUAACACUGAUGCUCUUUAUCCUUGCAAGCAUUGUAACAGAACAUUUACUUAAACUGCUCUUCAACACCACUCAAAAGUUUGUACUGCUGAGAAACCUUUCAAGCCAUUAACUAGGACAGCAAAAAACGAAUAAGAAUAAGGUGGAGAAGAUUAAGGUAUAUAAGCUCCUUCUAAAGGAUAUGAUUUAUCAAAAGUCCCUGAUAUGAGCGGAGGAGAUGGAGAAGUAGAACUUGUACCAUGUGAUAAAUGUGGUAGAAACUUUAAUGCCGAUAGAAUAGCAAAGCAUUCUAAAGUUUGUAAAGGUCCAACUGAACUGAAAAAGAAAGAACCUGAGCCACCUAAAACAGAUAAGCCUAAGAAAGAAGGUCAAUGGAAGAAAUAACAUGAAGAAUUUGUAUAAAAUAUGAAAUACAUGAGAUAAAUGAAGAAAAUAUAGGAAGAAGGAGGUGAUAUACGUUCUCUUCCUGCUCCACCUAGAGCAAACACAGAUCAUUUAGUACCAUGUCCUUAUUGUAAUCGUAAAUUUGCUUAGGAAACAGCAGAUAGACAUAUUCCAAGUUGCAAAAAUGUUAUCAAUAAGCCUAAGAGCAUAGCUUAAAGUGCUCCAAAAACAUAUUAGCAAAUGCAAAACUAACUUGGAUCUACUGGCUAACAAUUUGGAAAACCUAGUGGAAACACUAACAUUUUCGCAUCUAAAUCACCCUAACCAGCACAAAGCAAAAUUGUUGGGUCAACAUCAUAAAUAAGAAUAUCUUAAAAUAAAAAUAUAUUUAGCAGUAAGAAAUGA